AUGUUCGAGUCAAAUGAAGGUGCAGAUGAAUUGAUCCUCACUAUUGUGGAAUCUGGACACAUGCUGGUAUCACAGGGGCAAGAGCUUUUGGAGGGACUCUCCUUACUUAAUUCCCCAAGCUUCCUCAAAGUACAACAAAAAUCUGACACACUAUUAUUCCGUGUGACUGUAAAGGGGGAGAGUCGUCUGAUGAGGAUGCAGUUUAGUGGGAGCUGCAGAGCUGAGUCACUGGAGGAGUGUAGGAGUGCAGUGCUCAGACUGAAGGAGUACCUGCCCGUCAGUUCACAAGGGGGGGCUCCACCUCCACUCAGUUACUCCCCAGCUCCCAAUCAAACCCCCACAGAGACCACCACUCUUCAUCAACAGACCCUGGAAGGAGAAACGAUGGGACUUGGGCCUGAAGUCACCCAGGGGUCACUGUCUGUCAAGCAUCUAACACAGCACUUCCUGGGAGAGCGCGGUCUGUCUCUGCCCGCGCUGUACAACCACUGUGUCCUGCCACACGGGGAAAUGGAACCUUUCCUGCGCCUCAGCCUGCUUGACCCCAGCUUCCCUGCCUUUGUGGAGGAGGUGGAGGGAGAGCUCAGGAGAUUGCUCCAGGACUGA